CAUUGCUUGGUCUUCUUGGUAUACUUCUUUGGGCAUUGCUGCGAACACUAAGAUGCAAUUCGCGAUAAACACCGCCCACAAGGGUGCACUGCUUGCACUCAUUGCAAGCGCUAGAGCUGCGCCGACGACCACCAUAUCCGCUGCUGAAAAUGCAGGUGCAAGCAGUGCGGAUGUGUAUCCUCCUGCCGGCACCGAGGUCAACUCUCAACUCUUCCCGCCCGAGUCUGUAGUCGGCUUCCCUGGACCAACACCAACAGGAGCCGAGCCUAAUGCCAUUCAGACAGCGCCGUCAUAUCCCUACAAUGAUGGCGAUGCGUCUUCGUACCCACUCAUCAAGCCUCAGCCGCAUGGCAGUGGUUCACAGUCGCCAAACUUUGACAUCACAAAGUACUGGGGCAACUUGAGUCCCUGGUAUUCUGUUCGAAGUGCAGACUAUGGUCUUCCUGAUGCUAGUCCUCUGAUUCCUGAUGGUUGCGACAUCACGCAAAUGCAUCUUCUUUACCGUCAUGGCGCUCGGUACCCAACUAGUGGUGCAGCGCCUGCGACCUUUGCCCAAAAGAUUGCGAAUGCUACGAAGACUGGCCUUGCUGUCUCUGGAGAGCUUUCCUUCCUAAGCGACUGGACGUACAAGUUGGGCGCAGAGCUUCUCACGCCAUCUGGCCGCAGCAUGAACUUCCUACUAGGUGUCGAGUACCGUGAGUUGUAUGGUCAUUUGCUCAACAACUUCACAGAAGCUGGUACUAUCCCGGUCUUCCGAACACAGUCUCAAGAUCGUAUGGUGAAGACUGCGGAGAACUUCGCUGCCGGCUUCUUUGGCGUGCCUGAGUACAUGGACGAAGUCAGCAUUGAAUUGCUCGUCGAGACUCAAGGUGUCAACAACUCUGGUGCACCCUACGAAAUCUGCAACAACUCGAACAUUGCCACACGAGGAAGCAUCGGCAGCCGUGUCGCGGCACAAUUCGCGAACAACGCUUUCAAUGCCACUAUCGCUCGUCUCCAGUCGCAGGCUAGCGGCAUUAACUUUACCUCCACUGAUGCCAUCGCUAUGCUUCAGCUUUGCUCAUACGAGACACACGCUCUCGGCUACUCCGCUUUCUGCAAUCUGUUUAACGAAGAAGACUUCUUGAAUUACGAGUACUAUUUUGACCUCUCGUUCUAUUACAACAACGGCCCUGGUUCACCUGUCUCGGCAGCGCAAGGCAAAGGCUUUCUUGACGAGUUUAUCGCGCGCUUCACUCAUCAAUAUCCUGGGCCCAACUCGGCAUUGAAUGAGACAUUCGACAACUCCUCAACAUACUUUCCGCUUAACCAGUCCAUCUACGCAGACGCCACCCACGAAGUGGUAGUCCUUGAUACGCUCACCGCUUUCAACCUGACAGCUCUGUUCAAAGGUCCACCAUUAAAUCCUCAAGGCAAUCAAGGCCAAAACAGUUUUGUAGCCAGCAAACUGGUACCAUUCGCGACGCAUUUUACUACACAAGUGCUUUCUUGCCCAGCUAUGCAACCAUCUAAGCAGAUCCGCUUUAUUGUCAAUGACGCUGUCGUUCCAAUCGACGAAUCAUACCCGGGCUGCCCAGCUAAUCCCAACGGUCUCUGUUCGUUCGACAAUGUAGUCGAAGUUUUGCAGAAACGCAGUGCUGAGAUCGACUUUGAUUAUGAUUGUUUUGCAAACUAUACAGCCGCUCCUGGACAGGAUUAUAAUGGCAGGGCACCAAGGUCUUAGAUCAUAUCGGGAAGCAAAAGCAGCUCUAGAAUCAGAAGAAAAUGAUAAUGCAAUAUAAUGCAACGAAACUUGAUGGAAUUGUCAUUCGCGCUCUAUCCUCAUUGAGGAUUCACUCGCUAGUUGCUACGGCGUGCACAGC